AGUAGAUAUCGAUAGGCACGAAUCGAUAAGAACGCAUAUGUUUUUGAUAGCAUAUUUUUGUUGCACAAGUCAGGUCAUACUUACAUCAGCUUCGUACUUCCUGUUGUGGUUCCGUAUAUAUGUUGAAUUCAAGCUAAUGCUAAGCUAUUUCUGAAUUCAACCCUAGCCAACAUAUUUUUUUGCGUUAACUCUAGUUACUGUCAUCAAAAUGUGAUUGAUAUUGCAUUUCUAUUAUUUGCUAAUUUAUUAAGUUACUUUACAAAAAUUACUUUACAAAACUAAUGAGAUAAAAAAUUGUUUAUGCAAUAACUUUGGCUCUCAGACUGCUGUUUCCACAUGAGAUAACUUAUUUAUUAACUGGACAAGCAAAAAUUGAAAACAUUGAAUAUAAAUUUAUUGCUGACCAGAAUGACUUGGUUCUUUAAGUUGAAACGCCUCAAACAGCACAAACAUUGCUUUCCAUUUAGCUAAAUGAUUUCCCUCCCUUAUUUUACCAAAUGACCAAAUGUUGACAGAAAAAAACAACACACCUUUAAGAUUUUGUGACUGAAAACUGAGAAGUCAUCAUGGGAAAAAGCUGCAAAGUAGUUGUGUGUGGCCAGGCUGGAGUUGGUAAAACAGCCGUGUUGGAGCAACUACUGUAUGCCAAUCAUGUUGCAGGUUCAGACCCCAUGGAAACCCUCGAAGAUAUUUACAUUGGUUCCAUUGAGACUGACCGUGGCACACGCGAGCAGGUGCGCUUCUAUGAUACGCGUGGACUCCGUGAUGGAAUGGAACUUCCUCGCCAUUACUACACUUUUGCCGAUGGGUUUGUGCUCGUCUACAGCAUCGACAGCAAAGAGUCCUUUAAGCGAAUGGAGGCACUCAAGAAAGAUAUUGAUCGCCACAGAGACAAGAAAGAGGUCACCAUCAUCGUGCUGGGCAACAAGCUGGACAAGCUGGACGAGAGGAGAAUUGAUGCUAACUAUGCGCAGAACUGGGCGAAAAACGAGAAGGUGCGUCUGUGGGAGGUGUCGGUGGUGGACCGGCGCACGCUCAUCGAUCCCUUUGUCCACCUGGCCAGCAAGAUGACCCAGCCGCAGAGCAAGCCCACCUUCCCUCUCAGUCGCAAUAAGAACAAGGGCAGUGGCUCAACGGACAGCUAAGCCAGCUGCUCGGCUUAAAAGAGGAGUUCAAAAGGGAAUGGUAAAGGGAACGCUGUUUUAGUAAAAGUUUUAAAAAAUGUGGAGAGGCUAUCACAAGAGCAAAGGCGCAAUGAUUGUACAGAUAUUUUUGUCCAGCUGGUGCUGUUCUGCUGAAAUGCUACUUUAAUCAUGACGUUGCAAAUAUUUAUCUCAAACCACCAAGGAAAAGGAUCACUGUGUUGGUAUUAUGUCAAUGUUACUGAAUCAAAUCAUGUUCGGACCGCAGACUGUGUGCUUUGGACCCAUGUGUCUUAAACUGCUUACAAUCAGCAUUUUUAUCCACAAAAAAAACCAAGUUGCACAUUACUGCACAGGCUUUGAUUUUAUAUACGCUAAACGAGCACACAAACCGAAUCAGAAAUGCAAACCAUGUUCACGUUACCUUAUGACUGCUUUACAAACACGCCUGAAUUUCACUUUUUUCUGAAAGGAAUAAUGACUGAAAGGAUUGCAUUGACACAUUCUGAACAAGCCAUGGCGGUUUGUCGACAUGGAUCUUUGUUAAGUUAUGCUUGUUUUUUUGUUGUCCAAUGAUUGUCUUUCUGGAGGAUAGGCGUUGCUGGCUCAGGUGUUACUUUUUCUGGUGGCUCCAUGUAAAAACAAAUGGCACACAAUGAAGUGAAAUAUCAGCACUUUGAGCAUGUAAGUCACUGUUGUGUAUGAUAUAUUAUUCCUGAAGUGUGAAUCAUUUAUUAACACUAUAUCAUCAUGUCAAAUCUGAUGCGCUUUUGAUGUUUGCUUUAUCAAAACGGCGGAGAUGUGUUGAACAUGCAUGCGUGUUUGUGCCGUGUCUGUUGACACACUAUUCCACAUUCAACAUGUUUAAGCUUUUGUAUGGUCACACUUUUCAAAUAUUGACAGUUUGUGUUUGUUUGCAUGUUUUGUAAGCAAAUUAAAGUCCUCUCAGUGUCGGACUGGAAUGUUGACA